AGUUUCCGCCUCCGUUUAAAAUGGACGUAACCGCGCCGGUAAACAGUUUCGAAGAAGUUCAAUUUAAUAGAAAUAAUUUACGGUCAAACGCUAUAAAUACAUCUUGCAAAGAAGAUGAACUUUCGUACGUUCAAGUACUACACGAUUUUACCUCCAGCGGAACUGAGUACAAUGAGGCGCGAGCUCUGGCGAUUGAGUGGAGAUGCCGGGAAAACGUUGUAGAACUUAUAGAAUUAUCGUUUUAUGACCAAUUAAGUCAAAAUCAUGUUAAAAUACGAUGCGAUUCUAAAGUAAUUUCUGUUAAGCCAUUCUACGUAAGCGGAUUCGCUAUAAUUGUUAUAGUUGGAGAAAAUGAAUUUCGUCAAUAUAUAUUCAGAGGUUCACCAAACGCUAAGCAGUCGAGUCUCAGCGAAUUUGUUGAUAAAUAUAUAGUUAAAACUCCGAAACCUCUUGAUGCAGCAACAAUCUUUAUAAGCAAUGAUAGAAUUGGAAUUUGCUGUUCAGAAAAGGAUAUUGAUAGUAGCGUCAAGAUAUCAUUUUUGCCUAUCUAUUCAAUCUCAAAUUUUGAAAUGACAACUCAGUCUUUAAGUUGUACUGGGUUAAAUUUGCUCCCUAGAAUGUUUCAGAAGACGCAUUCAAUUGUCAAAGUUGCUGCUAAAUUGACAACUAAAGGUGUUGUUGCUGCCGCUUUAACAACCGAAGAUAAAUUAUGUAUAACUGAUGAAAACUCUAAAUUAUCAAUUAUUCUUUUAUCUAAUUUACACGACAAUACCGAAAAGAAGAAAUCUUUUAAGCCUAAAUCUGCAAGACUACUGAUAUCAGAAACUGAAUCUGGAAUCUAUAUUCUAUUAAUUAUAAGAUGCGAUAGAAAGUAUCUCGUUCAUGUAUUCGAGAAAAGGCAGGAUGUUAAACUAUUAAGUAUGAAUAACCUUGAAGUGGAUAGCUGCGAAAUAAUUGAUAUCUGUGAAAGUUUUGGAAUGAUUUAUACUCUAUUGCAAGACGAUAGCGGACAUCAGAUUUUAGAAAUGCCGAUUGAAAGGACUAAAGAUUAUAAAUUGACUGAAAUUGAUUCGGAUAUUGGAUAUCAAAAAUUGUUAUCUAGCGUGAAUAUAUCUUCUGAAGAGAAAAUUUCAGAAGUCUUCCUUAAUAAGCUAGCGGAUGAGGAACUUUUCCACGUAAAAACUUUGGCGAACGCUAUGCAUGUUGGUAAAAAUGAAUUUCCCAGUAGAAUUACAAUAUUAGAAGCUAUACAAAUGCUUGCUAAAAAUGAAAUUGAAAGUAGACGAUCAAGUGACGAUGCCGAAUCGACUGUUCGUCAGGUUGAAUUUUAUAUUUGGAAUGAAAUUUAUCAAACUUGCGUUCGUAGUGAAAUAUCUAUGAGACGACCAGCUUCUUUAAAUGUUAGCGAUUGCAAUUCUUUUCUAUUUGCGUCGUCAGAUUCGUACUUUUGCAUCUAUUCAAAAAGGCUAAAGCCUUCUACUUAUAUGAAAAAAGAUGAAAGGAAUAUCGAUGAUUUAUUACAAAGUUUACAACCAGCAAUUGUCCUAAUUGAAGAGAGAAUUUCACCCGAAAUGCAAGAUUGUUUAUGGAUGGAUAUAAAGGCCAAUCCGGAGAAUGGAGUAACUAAAUUUGUAGAUAGAAUUAUGGACGGUGGAUGGAGUGAUAUGGAAGAGAGAAUUAAUUUUGAAAAUUCGUUAAAGUCAAAUCUUCAGAUUAAAAAACAGGCUAUUACGUACAUAGCAGGUGUUCUUCAAGAUUCUCUAUUUGCUCUAGAUGCUGAGGGAUAUCCACCGUCCGGUCCAAUUGAAUGUAGUCUGUCUACAAUUUCCAAGAAAGUACUACGCUCCAAAAUUACAUAUGGAAUUGCUAAGAAAAGGGUUCUAGUACUUGAUAUCACUAUUCUUUCCAUAUUAUGCGAACGUUUUUUUGGUAUUGACGAUUCGUUUAUUGAAGAAUUAGUCAGUUUGUUAGCUGUACUCAACGCAUUCCAUAAUAUGCUGCACAGAACCUACGAGAGAACGAUAUUAGAUGGAUCAGUCGUCAACGAAAUUACCAAUUAUCUACCUUUCUUAAGGUGUUCAUCUUAUAAAGGCUGUAUUGAGAAAGAAAAGAUUGGAAUUUUGGAUAUACUCCUAGGUGAUGAUAACUUUGUUACAAAUUACUAUUCGCUGGUAAAGCAGACAUUUAAGUCACUACCCAUACAAUUUGAAUGUCUAUCGCAGUUCAUUCAGCGAGCCUCUCUACCUAAUUUAGAGGUUUGCGUAAAUACCGCGGCAGGUUUAAUAUCUUCUGGAUGUUUUGAAGCAGUUAUUGAUUGGACUGAUUGCGGAAAGAUUGCUCGUUUGGAUAUUGCGAAAAGUAUAAUGGAACAAUCUGACAUUUUAUACUUUCUAGAAUCUUUAGCAAGGGCUUACUUAUCUUAUCAUCCUCAAGACGUGCUUUUAUGUCUUAAUAAGAUAUCUAAUUUCCCCGACGAGAUUAUCGACGCCAGUGAUGUUAUUGAUGAAACUGAUCCUAAUUAUAGCUCAAAAGCACUUCUUCUUUACAAAACAGCGCAAAUAAUCUAUUGCUUAGACAGGGAUCCAAUUUUAGAAGUUAUUCUUGACGAAUCUAUUGGUCAGAUGGAGCGGAACAACAUUGCUAAAUUCCCUCAAGGAGCUGCGAUAUAUAGUCAAUUGUUAUCUAUGAAAUUUACGCUUAGUCUUUCAGCCAAAAAAUUUAAGGACUGCUGUGAUGCUCUUGUAAAAUUAGCAGGAUACGAAGAUAUAUUACGAAACUGUUUGGUACAGUUUACGCACGUACUAAGCUCGUCGAAUAAGCUAAAUAUCAUUCUUAAGUUAAAUUGGUCUAGUGAAGUUUAUGAUGAACUUGUUAAAGUCUUGGAAAUGAGAGCCAGAUCUCUACCAGUUCCAGUUGAACCACUAAAUUUGUACGAAGUUCUGCACUGUCUUCAUUUAAAAUAUAAAGAAGACGUUCGCGCAGCUGGUAUUAUGCAUGAAUAUUCAAGAAGACUCUGCGCAGAGAAACCGGAUGAUCCAAGUUGGGUUAAUCAAAAUGCUUUCGCUUUGGCGUCUACAUAUUCAAUUGCAAGCAAAUAUAUGGAAUUGGAAAAGACAAAUUUCUGCAUUGUUGAACCAGUUGAGCUUGUUGUUGAGGUAAAAUAUGAUAAAGACGGAAACAUAUUAAAAGCUAAUGAUUCUCAAUUGAAAGUUGUUAACGCUCCUGAAUUGGAAAGAGACUACGUUAUUGGGUGUAGUCGUUUAGAAUUAUCUAAGGUUAACUACGAGGCUGCUUGUAGAGCGGAUACAGAAAGUGCAUUAGUACACGAAUUAUGUUCCAACGAUUUAUUUGCGUGCGCCGCAAAAUUAUCAAUAAUGUGCAAGUUAAAUUUGGCUAUUGUAUUUGAACGUUUGGCAUUAAAAAUCGUUCAAUUAUCAAGACUUGAAGAAGACUGUCAAGCAUAUGAUAAGGCGAUUAAAGUCUUGAGGGAGCUGUUAGAAUCUUACGGUUCAGGAGACGGAAGUUGUCAUUUAACUGUGCUUCUGUCAAGAUUUCUAAGCUCCAAUGCACCGAUUCCAGCUUGGCUUAUCGACGAAAUGAGAAAGAAAGAUCAGGCAGACUUGAUUAGACUCUAUUAUAAACAUGGUUUACUAUUGGAAGCAGCUCGCCAAAGUAACGAUUUGCUGGAGACAGUUCGUCUCUUGUAUAAUACUGAUCCAAAUGGUUACAAAGACCCAAUACCUUAUAAUAUAAUAGAUUGCGUAUUGUCGGAAUUGGACGGUAUGAUGGGUAAGGGGAAAGAAUAUGAACGACUACAGACUAACAUUAAUAGAGGAAUUCAUAAUUUGAAAGAUGUAGUAUCUAUAAUAAAUGACUCAUAG